AUGGCUGACACUAGUGGUAAAUUUAACAAUAAUGGUGAUAAUCAAAAUGAAAUACCUAAAAGUGAAUCUGAUAGAACAAAUAAAUCGGAAUCCGCCACCAAUAAUAAUGAAGCAGGAGAAACAACUAAUAUAAACACAUUCGGUCCAAAAGUAUUCGAAAAGAAGAAUGAUUUGGCAACACCUAAUGAUGUCAAUGAAUCUAAAAAAACGACUGACGUGAAUAAACCCACUGAUUCUCAUGAAUUAGAAGGAGUCAACAAUGUGAGUAAAUCUUCUAAUAGCAGUCAAGUCGAGAGAACGAAUACGUCGGGCCCAUCUCAUGAUCAUAAUGAACAGGAAAGAAUAAAUAAGGAGAAUACAACUUCUACAAAUAAUAAUCUUAAAAGAAAGGUUGAUUCGGUGGGUAGUUCCUCUAGUUUCGAUGAAAGUAAUAAAUCAGAUGGUUCAACGAUAUCUUACAGUGACAAUGAACUUGAUUUGCUUGAAUCCAUAUUAAAAACAGAAACAAAUCAAAAGUUAAUGGAUCGUCUUCUUGGUUGUGCUUAUGGGCAAGCCCUUGGUGAUGCAUAUGGUCUAUCCACUGAAUUUGAAACACGCAGUGAUGUUGCGUAUAAUUAUCCAGAUCGUUCAAAGAUAAUUCCGUUUCCGGACUAUAUUCUAACUGGACAUUCUAGACGAUGGAAAAGAGGUGAUUGGACCGAUGAUACAGAUCAAUGGAUAUUAAUUCUAGAAACAUUAACAGAAACCAAUAAUGAUGAACCUGAAGAUGUAGUUUUUGCUAAAAAGUUAACAUCCUGGAUUCGACGCGGAUAUCCAGAAUUAGGUGAUUAUGGUGGGAUGGGAUUAGGUGCCAAUGUAUCGCAGGUAGUUCAUUCUCAUGGUUAUAUUAACGAUCCACUCAGAGCAAGUGAAGCAGUAUGGGAACGCGGCAAUCGUCAAGCAGCACCAAAUGGAGCUGUGAUGCGUUGUUCAGCAUCGGCGUUUGUUCAUUUUAACGAUCGAGACAAGAUAUUUUAUAAUAUGAUUCGAUUUGAAAAGGUCAUAUCAACAGCUACAUUAAUGUGUAAAACGACUCAUUUUGAUCCUCGAUGCAUUGCUUCAUGUCUUGCUGUUUGUUUGGCUAUCACCGACCUCUUAAACGAAAACUUCGAUCAAAAUGAUAUUGAAUCAUUAAUAGAACGCGUUCGAAAAGAAACUAUCGAAAUACUUGGUGAUAGUUUUUCUGCCGAAGAUCGUAAAUUAUUCUUAUGGCAUACAGAUAAAAACCGUACACUAGAGGAACUAAAUCUUGAUGAAUCAAGAACUAUUGGUUAUACAUAUAAAUGUUUAGGAUCAGGUUUUUAUGGAUUAAGAUCUACACGUUCGUUUGAAGAAACAUUGAAUGAUCUUAUUCGGUAUGGAGGUGAUGCCGAUACUAAUGGAGCAGUAUGUGGAACUAUGUAUGGCGCAAGACAUGGUUAUAAAGCACUUCCUUACUCAUGGUUGAGAGCAAUGCCAUUCAAAAAAUGGUUUGAUAAGAAAAUCAUUCAAUGUUUCAAACAAAUGGAUUUGAUUGAAAUGUAG